AUGAGACUCACAAAUGUACUCACCAUUGCUUCAGUAGCGUGUGCCGCCUCUGACUACGAAUUGAUAUCCCUUCAUAAGAGCCUGGUCGAUAUACCGUCAAUCUCCGGUGAUGAAGAAGCUGUUGGGAAAUUCUUGGAAAGAUACUUGCAAAAGAAUGGGUUCACAGUGGAAUUACAGUCUGUUAAGCCUGGCAGAGAUAAUGUGUAUGCGUAUCUUGGCUCUAAAAGAAACACCAGCGUGUUGUUAACAUCACACAUCGAUACAGUGCCGCCUUAUAUUCCUUAUUACCAGUCAGGUGACAAGAUAUACGGAAGAGGCUCGAACGAUGCAAAGGGAUCUGUUGCGUCCCAGAUCAUUGCCUUAAAGGAGCUGUACGAGUCAGGUGAGGUUGGUGAAGGCGAUGUAUCGCUCUUGUUUGUUGUUGGGGAAGAGUACGAUGGGAUAGGAAUGAGACACGCCAGUGAUAAGCUCGGUGCUUAUUGGGACCAUGCUAUCUUUGGUGAACCAACAGAGCUGAAGCUUGGUGUUGGGCAUAAGGGUAUCUACAACAUUGAGCUUGACGUCGAAGGUAAGGCAUCGCAUUCUGGUUAUCCACAGUUGGGGAUCGAUGCCAACAAGAAGCUGAUCGAUAUCUUGUACCAAAUUGAGCAUGCUGAGUACCCAGCAGACCAGCUACUGGGUAACUCAAGCGUCAACGUUGGUAUCAUCGAGGCUGGAGUCGCCGCUAAUGUUGUUUCACCAAAGGCACGCGCAAAGAUUCUCAUCAGAGUUGCACACAGUACAAGCACUGUCAGUGGAACCAUCAAGCACAUCGUCGAUGAAGCCAAUCAGGAGUAUGACAACGUCAAGCUGGUGGAUAUACAAAACAAGGAGCCGGUCUACUUGGACUUUGAGGUGCCAGGCUUCGAGACUGUUGUCCUAGCCUACUUCACAGAUGUUCCUAACCUGGAGAGACAAUUUAAGAGUAGAUACCUUUACGGGCCAGGCUCGAUCCUGGUGGCGCAUUCGGCAGACGAGUAUGUCACCGUGGCAGAUCUCAAGAACGCCGUUGAUGGCUACAAAAGACUCACAAGAUAUCUCUUGAAAUAAUAAAUACGUUUCUAGAGCUCUUCCG